AUGAUGCUGCUGGCAUCACUUCCUGUGUCGGCUGUGGAACCAGAGACGUGUUUCUCCAGACAGCACCAGAGCGCCAGAGUCAACGUCCGAGUGGCCGUGACCAGAGCCGGCACGGUGAUGGACACUCGCGUGUACGGCUCCGAGAGGGACUGUAUCCUCGCCUGCUGCUCGGAGGACGUGAAACCAGGAGCAAAGUGUAACAUGGCCGUGUUCAGUGGGAACAAACACCCCGGAGAAGGAAACUGUUUCCUGUUCCACUGUCAGUCGGACACGGACUGUCCGUUAACCAAAGCUCCGAACGCCACCAACACCUACGACAUCUUCAAAGGUUUGAUUCACCCGACCACAGUGAGACCUGUGACGACAACCACAACACAAACCACCACCACGACUUUACCUCCGACUAAAACCACCACUACCACACAAAGUACAACAACAACUACACAACCCACCACAACAACAACCACAUCCUCACCGCCAACAACCACACAGGCACCAGCCACUACAACAGCUCCUCCACCUAUCAUCAUCAUAGCCACCAUGCCUGUGGUAACUCCAGCCCCCACCAGCACCACAACAACUAGACCAACAACGACAACAACUACACCACCCACACCGACGACAACUACACCACCAGCAACAACGACAACCACAACGACGACAACUACACCAACAACAACACCGACAACCACGCCAACAACGACGACAACUACACCAGCAACAACAACAACAACUAAACCAACAACAACAACUACAUCAACAACGACAACAGUUUACAACGUCACCAUGAAAAAAACAAACAAAACCAGUAGAAAACAAAAUAAAACAACAAAGAAAGUGAAAGCUCAUCCUGUGACGACGGCUCAGACUACGAGCUCCACGACAUCACUUCCUGCUGCAACGGCAGCUAACCAACCAGAGCCGACCACUGAAAUGACCAUCCCCCCUCCCACUAUGACCACCACCACGCCCCCUCCUCCCAUUGUGACCACCACCACUACCACCCCUCCUCCCAGUAUGACAUCCACCACCACAACCCCCCCUCCUCCCACUAUGACAUCCACCACCACUACCACCAGCCCUCCCACGACCACGGAGCCGUCCCCCACGAGGACGUCUCCAGCUGCGAGCCUCAUUAUCGUCCCUAAAGACGCCGGCCAGAGCUCGGGUGCCGGACGGGGGAAUGCGGUAGCGUCUCGGGGGGCAGUGAAGAGCGGCCUGGUGGCGUUCAUGGUGCUGGGGCUCGCCGUGCUCACGCUGGCGCUGGCUGUCGGUGGACGUAAGGCGAUGGAGUCCUUCGACAGACGCCAUUACACGAGACUGGAGCUCAACGACCUGCACUACGAGGUGUGA